UUUUUUGGUUACUUCAUGAUAUGGUUGGCUGUAACGGGACGUCAUUGUGUAUAAGUGAACCUUUUCUUCUAUAUGGUGAACUGCAGAUAAGAGGAGUAGAUUACAACACACCCGACGGAACGUGUAUAAGAGACUACAUUGAUGUACCUGACUUAAUUGAUGCUCAUGUAAAAGCAUUAGAGCAUGCAAAACCUAGCAAAGUUGGUGUUUACAACGUCGGGACAGGAAAAGGUAGUUCAGUGAAACAAUUCGUCGAAGCUUGUAAAAGGGCUACAGGAGUGGACAUAAAGAUUGAAUAUCUCACACGACGUCCAGGAGAUUAUGCUGAAGUCUAUAGUGAUCCGUCCAAAAUCAGGCGUGAACUAAAUUGGAUCGCGAGAUACACACUUGAAGAGAGUUUAUCUAUAGCAUGGAGAUAG